AUGAAUGAGGCCUUCGAUCUGUAUGUCGACAUGCGGCAGCGCGGUCAGCUCUCAGCCCGCACGUACUCUCCACUUAUCCGACUCGCCGGAAGAGCUCACCGAGUCCUGGCACAUGCCUUGCUGGGAGAGAUGCGAGCAGCAGCUGUGGAGCCAAACGGUCACAACUACUUGGCGCUCUUUGACACAUACAAGACUGCACGGGACGUGGAUGGCGUGAAGCGCGCUUGGCAAGACAUGCGCGCAGCUGGCACUCGACCCCUGUACCCUGCGGUCUCCACUGUCAUGUCCACGCUGGCGAAAACAGGGGACAUCUCGGGCACAGAGGCGCUGCUGCAAGAAGCCAGAGAUCUGGGGCUUUCUCCGACGACGGUGUGUUACAACUCUAUCUUGGAUGCCUGUCAAAAUGCAGGUGAUGCAGAUGCAGCAUUUCGCAUUCUGUCGGAGAUGAGGGCAGCUGGCAUGGUCCCGGACGUCAUUUCCUACAGCAGCGCCCUGGGAGCUUUGGCAGCUGCCCAUCGCCCAGCAGCAGACCGGGCAAGGCUGGUUCAGGAGAUGAAGAAGGACGGCGUCAGCCAGAACUCUCUGUUCCUCGAGCGAUACGUCUGCUACGCGCUGGGCAUGCAGCUCGACCAGAGCAAGAUCCUGGGUGCCGAAGCGCUGCGUGAACAGGUUCAGGGGCUCCCUGCAGAGGCACGUCAAGAAGCAGUGGAUGCCAUUCAGGAAGGCAAGGCAACCCAAGUGGAAUUGACGAAGCUGGUGAAAGCACUGGAGGGCAUUCUCGAGUCGCUUGGGGAGUCUCCGCGCGAAGCUGCCGUUUCAGAUCAGCAGAACAGCGGCGACUGGGUGAAGGUGCUGGCCAAGGAUGAGGCCGGCUCGCAGAUUGAGUACUUCUGGGACCGCAUAUCGGGCAAAACGCAAUGGGAGCAUCCGGGCUGCCAAUUGGCGCUGACCAUCCCAUCUGCUUAG